AUUGAAGCAAUUGAAAGAGAUAUCAUUUCGAGAUGUCAGACGAAUCAACACAAGUCGCACAAGUAUCAACAGAGGCCGCGCCAGUCGUGGCCGACGAGAUGCCUCCAUCGUGCACCGUGUACGUGCGCAACCUCUCCGAGGACGUCAAAAUAGAUGUAUUGAAGACGUCGCUGGAUACAAUCUUCUCAACCUACGGCACAAUUCUUUCAGUAGUAGCGCAUAAGAACAUUCGUAUGCGCGGUCAGGCAUUCGUCGUGUUCGACUCUAUCGAUGCGGCGCAGUCAGCAAUCGAGGACGUACAGGGGUUUCCGUUAUUCGAUAAACCCAUGGUUUUACAAUUCGCGAAGAAGAAGAGCGACGCGACGAUUAAGCGGGAGGCAGGCGAAGACAGCGAGGAGUUCCAAUCACAUAAAAAGGCGCGGUUAGAAGCCAAAGAAAGAAGAAACGCCGAAGACGAGGCGAAACGGAAGGCAGCACCACCCACCGCACCAAAGCCCAAAGCCCAGAACGCACCUAGAACCAAACCAACUCCCUCAACAAUCCCCGAUACCACGCUUCCGCCCCACCGCAUCCUCUUCCUCCAAAACCUCCCGCCCUCAGACGAAACUACGAAUCGCCUGGAGGUCCUUACGGCAUUGUUUGGAAGAUUUCCUGGGUUUAAGGAAGUACGAAUGGUUCCCGGACGGAAAGGACUGGCGUUCGUGGAGUAUGAGACGGAUGGGCAGGCUGCUGUUGCGAAGGAGGGGAACAACGGGGUGGUGUUGGAGGAUAAGGAGGUUGUGGUGAGUUUCGGAAAGAAAACGUGAGGAGGGGAAGGGAAUAGGACGACAUGUAUGAGGGUGAUUACGUCAAAUGGGUGCGUCAGCGCCAAAUUGGACAUCCCUGUGCAGGGAGCUAGAAAGAUCAAUUAUACCCUCCGAUUGGAAUUUGAAACCUCGUCGAAA